CUCAGGGGGGGUUGUCGUAUAUCCGCUGGUCAGGCUCGUUUGUGCCCGAGAGUGUACCUUCAAACGAACUCUUCUCGUCGAUACCGUUCGGUGAAAGUCCGCAAUGUUGCGUCGCGUCGUUUUCUGCGGUAAAAGUGAAACGGCGCGACGGUAUACCCUACCCAAGUUUAAAUUCUAUUGAUAAGUGUUCGUCUCACGCACGCUUCGCGUCCUCCAUGAAAUUGUUGUAUCGUUGAAUCAUCUACCUGUGUUGUCUGUGACUCCAGAUGGCGCGUCUAGAUCGUGAAAACGUUGAGCCUACGUUCGAAAGCCGUGGCAUCGUCAUCGCCCGUUGGAUUACCUGACAAAUUCUUUUUUUUUUUUAUCCCAAUCAUUGACACGGUUUUUUUAAACGUGAAUAUUUUCGCCGAUCUUUUAACCGUUUCUUCGUCGAUGUGAGCUGAAAAAAAAAGACUUCAUCGUGCUGUGCGAUCGUGCGUCUCUCUAUCCGCUUGAUUGCGUAAAUUUUGCUCCUCGAGUGGAAAUACGUGACGGAUGAUUUUCCCGAAGAUGGACGAGAGCGUCAAGCUCCUGGGUUCAUCGACUGGAUUCUCCACGCGAGAGAUCAAACGUACUUUUGAGUUCCGGUGGGGUCGCCGGAAGUAGCUGAGCGUGACGGCGACGGUGCUAACGGAAAAACGUGGGAACUUGCGUAGCGUAACCGCACUUCGCCGCUGCUCCAUUAGUUAACGCACGCUAAACGACCUCAAGGAUAAUCGCAUUAUACACUUUGCGACAAAUGUUUUUUCUAUCCCGGGGAAAAUCUCUGUUCUCCAAGCCGAUAUCGUGUGUGAGUCUCUCGCAUUAGCGAUAAAUAAAGAAGAGUACGUAAGAGAGAGAAAAAAAACGUACGAGAAAGAUAAAAAAGACAAUAACGGGCGGAGAUCAACUUGUUUGUGUGCUUCUCGGGUGUCUAAUUGCCUCGACGGAAGCACUGCAUUUAACGGCUAAUUUCCUACUCAUCUGUGGGAAAAAUAUCGCGUCGGCUAAAUUACGGAAAUUCACAGGAGGAGAACCCACGUUUAUAAAAUGUGUACCGAAGUCUUUUUCGGCCGUGAUUAAUUGGUGCAUUAAAGCAGCGCGCGUAAAGUUAGUUUAAUUGAUCGCACGUAAUAUCCUCGGGGUGGAGUGUUCCGAGGAAAAAUUAAGGUCCACAUCCACCGUAAAACGUAAAAAAUACCACAUUCGAAAGUUGAAUGGAGCUAGUUCUAGUCUCUAGUGUAUGUCCAUGUCCGUCCGACAUUUAGACAGUUGUGUAAUUUGGUAACGAGAUUCGUGAAACUUUCGUUGAAAAUAUUCCGGAGAGUUGUCGUCGUAUCUCGUGAAGAGACAAACGAUUACGGUUCCAAAAAGGAUGAGAGGCAAGACCGGCUAGGGAGCGAGAAAAAUACGAUUGGAAUUUACGAUGCUCUUUGUAACGACAGACGUAUUGAGGACGCGGGCAGUCAUCGUUUAAAAAUAACAGAAAGAGAGCGUAAGACAUCGUCACGUAAGACGGAGCCGACUGCAUUGUGCAGCUCUGGCGAGUGUGCAGCGGAAUACGCGGGGUUCUUCACUGUUAUCCGCGAGGUGUUCGCCGACGUCUGCGGCGACCAGCCGAAGGGAGAGAGAGAAAGAGAGAGAGAGAGAGAGGUGACUCGGAGAGAGGCAAGACUUAGCGGCGAGACCAGAAACGGAGAGAGAGACCGAUCGGAAUCCCACUCUUCUAGGUGGAAUCUCUGACGUCAGCCUGGAGCACAAGUCGUAUGACCAGUUCGGGACGCUCGCUGGUAAAAAGAGACGACGAAAAAGAGGAAGCGGAGGAAGAGUAGGAGAAAGAGAAGAAGGCAAUAGCCUCCUCUCUCACGUCUAUCUGGUUUUUACCGGCCGGCUCUCGGGAGCAUCUCGCGUCGCCAUGUCUUCCAUGCAUCGCGACAUCCAUCACCAGUAGUAGCGUUCGCUCCUACCUUUUAUUCUUUCUCUCUCUCUCUCUCUCUCUUUCUCUCUGCGGCAUCCAUUCAGUGGCCGUUGUGCCGGACUAAAAUUACUCUGGUCGGGUACGAUCUACGCGCGAGCGGAGUGCUGGCUCCAGCGCGGAGCGUUUCGGAGCUGCUCGCGACGACUGGGAGGCGUACCUAUAAUGCACGAACGGUUGUGAUAUAUCAAGUGUGUGAACGGAUGUCGCGUAAGAUCGGGCCAAUCUCGAUUUCGUGAUAGGAUGGUGCUCGGCUGACAAUGAGUGGCUCCGCCGGUACCCUUGAUGUCACUCUCGGUGGGAAGUGAUCUACAGAGUGUCGUUCAAAAGGAUUCGAGAAUAAUUUAGGAAUUCAAGCUCUACAUCGUGAUAAAGUAGAAAAAAAUACCGAAAGAUCAACCGUUGCGGAGUUGAAACUCAACGAAACCGAAUCGCAUAGUGCUUCCAGUGGAUCUAUUCCAAUUUCAACAAGGUGUUUGCGUAUGUUUGAAAAGAAACCUCAUCGAUUACUCCCUUUCAUCCUGUACAAGAGAUAAGUGCGCGACGUAAAGUUUACACCUGUGUCGCCUGAGCGUGCAUGUCAUUGGACGUUGGUGACGAUCGCGCAUGGUGCAUCAAAGGAUCGCCAACGAUUCGUUGUAUUUGGAUACUUGACGCGAGCUGGUACUGCUCGUCCUGAAAACAUCGCCGUCUCCUCCGAGAGAAAUGGGAAACCACCCGUCCGCCCACCAGCCGCUCGAGAGGGCUACCAGCCAUGCUGGAAAUGGUCUUCGCCUCUCGAAGCGCGAGAGGUCGCCGGGAAAGAGAAUGGAUCGGCUUCGACGAAGCUUCCGGGACAGCUUCCGCCGGCGGAAAGACCCUCAUGUGCCCGAAUCUAGCAAGCCUCACCAGUGGCAAGCGGAUGAAAGUGCAGUGCGUUCAGCUACAUGCGCUUUUCACGUUAAGUACCUGGGAUGUGUGGAGGUCUUCGAAUCGAGGGGUAUGCAAGUUUGCGAAGAGGCCCUCAAAGUUCUUCGAAACUCAAGACGAAGACCGGUGCGGGCGAUACUUCAUGUAUCCGGCGACGGAUUGCGUGUCGUCGAGGACGAAACGAAAGGGUUAAUUGUCGAUCAGACAAUUGAGAAGGUGUCGUUCUGCGCGCCGGACAGAAAUCACGAGAAGGGAUUCAGUUACAUUUGCAGGGACGGCACGACGAGGCGGUGGAUGUGCCACGGAUUUUUAGCAUUAAAAGAAUCAGGAGAGAGAUUGAGUCACGCAGUGGGCUGCGCUUUCGCCGCAUGCCUGGAGAGGAAGCAACGACGGGACAAAGAAUGCGGAGUUACGAUGACUUUCGAUUCCAAGACUUCCAUCUUCACGAGAAGCGGCAGCUUUAGGCAACCGAAUCUCGCGGAGCGGUUACAAGAAGCGCGCGAUCGUGCAGCAGAAAUUCCUCCGGUUAGGCAAGUGUACAAUCCCUUUGCGAUUGAAAGGCCACACGCUACUUUAUCUAUGCUGGAGCGGCAAGGUUCCUUCCGUGGUUUCUCGCAGCUAAGUCAAGCAUCCCCAUUUAAAAGGCAGCUCAGUCUACGAGUCAACGAUCUUCCUAGUACCCUCGAACGCACACGUAGUCACAGUCUCGAGCCAACGGAUCUGGCGCGAAUGCCUUCAGCUCAUUCGCACAUUGUACCUUCGAAGCCCCCAGAAUUCGAAGGAUAUGACGAAGUGAGUCCAAUACCAGAAAUAUUUCCCGGUGAUCAUGACAGCGUCUCCGCGAUGUGUCAGCAGCUUUCUCAAGGGCUUUCUCUGCUCUCGAGCAGCGACGACUUUGGACCAAUACCGUCGUCCCAGCCUGCCACCAGCUCCGUCGUCAAACAGCUUUUCACUAGUGCUAACUCUCCUCCAGUAACGAGUAGCAACUCGUCGGACGAGAUGAAACUGCAGAACGGUCCCAAUAUCAAUAACAACGACAACAACGACAAGAACGAAGAGCUCAGUAAUCUGAAUCAUGUCGGGCCCAGUUGGCAAGAGUCCGCAUCCCCCGUUCUCGCGUCGAAUCAUAGGCUCACGCCUCUUCUUAAGGCGAGCAACUUGAGUCCCGUUCUUCCAAGGACGAACGCGCCCACUCCGGUCGUUAUGAGCACCCCAGCACCUGUUUCUUCUAGUGUAGGUGCCUUCGGCACACCACCGUCGGCAGCAAGUCCGGCUUUCAGCACGGCUUCUACGUCCUCUUUAGGAAAUACGUCGACCGUAAACAGGUCGCCGAUCCCAAUAAAUUCCGUGAUAACUUCAAAAACAAGUUCCCCUAGUACCAGCGUAGCGUCCGUUUCCCCGGCGGUACCAAUUUCGACUGACGUCGCUCAAGUCUCAUCGGCAAAGGGAAUCCCGACGGCUUUAGUGCAACCACUUUCCACGGCAGCUGGUUUGCCAAAACCAGAACAAUGGUUGGGUAGCAUAACCAGUGCUGUGCCGUCGUCGCAGCAAGUAACCGUUAGUCCUCGGCGAGCGCCUUUUCUUCAUACAAGAGCGCAUUCGCUCGGCUCGGCUGCGAUGAGCCUGACUUCCAGAGGACCUUCUGAUCCCUUCGACGUCGAAUGGGCGGAAAUCGCUUCCAGAAAUAUGCAGCAGUCGACCACGACGAACCCCUUCAUUAUGCCGAACGCGACCCAGCCGUUCCAAGUGCAGUUGUAGCGUCAGGAGUUUAUCAACAACGUCGCCAAGUAUUUCCACUCGAGCACAUAGCGGCUACAUAGCGCCCGCCCACGCUCCGACAUUGCACACGAUCGAAAGUAUUACACGUGAGCCGCGUGUCCUCGAUCCGAUCGCAAACACCGUCGAGUUUCCGGAUGGAUAGUAAUGGUAUACGACGUACCAUCAAAAAGUUCCCGAACUGAUGCUGCGAGACGGGAAUCAGCGGUAGUAGGGAUGCGCCGUUAUGUGGAGACCGCGGGUCUCAUGAAUCAGAAUGCUAAUGAUAUGAUGCUACAAUUAUUGAACAUUAUAUUAUUCACGUUUUUGUUUGGCAAUUCAAAUGCUUGUCUACAAUUGUGAUAUAAAUGGAAAAUUAAAGCAAAUUUGUGCGAAGCGAAAAUUUCUGAAAAUUACCAAGUGCUUCUACAAGUCUUUGGAGCAAGACAUUAGGGAAAAUAUAGAUUUAUGAUUGACAUAAAUGUUUUAAAUGAAUCGAGAACAAUGAACAAUUGGAAUGUUUAAUACAAAAACAACUCCUGAAAAUGUUCAAGAAAUCAAAGUCAAACAAUCAUUUUUCUGCGAUCUUUACGAAAGAAUUGAUCGUUUUAAUAAUCGACCCCCAAUGAUUUAAUGAAAUAUUUGGUAUUACUUUGGAAGUAUUAUUUUAUAAAAUUUGAUCUAUGAGCCUUUGUUCUAAUUUUAUACCAUUACAGUCGCAAAUGGCCACCUAGAUUGUCGAAUAAAAUCGCAAGUAGUACUAUAUUCAAUAAUUGCAGUACUAUGCCACUUCGCAUACUGAGUCUUAAAACUUGCGAUCUCUAUUUUAUGACGUCUUUACCCCGCCUCUGUACUAUCGCUAAUUUUUACUUUGCAGCAUCAGUUUGGAAACUUUUUGAUCGCAUCUCGUAAGUUUACUACGAGAUCCUUCGAGAAGCUGAAUCGAAAAAGCGCGAUGAUUCUUGUCGAAUCGGCGCUUAGUAGCAACGACGGUAGCAGCGAACUGAACCAGCACAAAAAUAUAUCAGCGUAAAAUAUACUUAAUAGAUAGAUAAGUAUAUACGCGCACAGCCUUAACGACCUCAGUAAAAGUAAAAGUAAAACACGCAUAUAUGCAUAAGCAGAUGUUCGGGUGACGUGACGGGAGGGGACACAAAGUUUCGCGCACCAAUAAUAACAGGCUACAUCUCGUCAGCCGAUUAAGUAGAAGCAAUAGAUGUCGCGAAAUUACGCGUAUAAGCGGAGUUCCCGACGGAUACGGAUAAUAUCUUACACUUAAAUGUCUAUCACGCGAUAUCGUAAUUGGAUAUCCUAAUUAUCUUGAGUAGAGUUAGGCUCGAACCGAGCGAGUAUCGUCGUUCUGCAUGAAAAACGAAAUUGUACGCACUCAAGAUUACGCUGCACCCUUACUGUUAUUUUUUUCAAAAAAA